AUGGGUGAAAGUACUCUGGCAAAUGAUUCAACCUUCAAUAAGGAGCUGGAACCUGGAGUAAUCAGCAAUGAAAUGCUUAUUGAAGCAAUUUUGGCGCAAGGCCAUAAAGGAGAAGCCGGUCGAUUGGCACAACUGAAUCCCGCACAGCUACAUCUAGAGACGGUCACCGUGAUUCGGCUGGAAUUCCAGAAUAUUUUAAAAAUCGAUCACCUGUGGGUGAUGAAAAAUCUAGAGGUGCUUUCAUUGGCCUUUAAUAAAAUCGACAAAAUUGAAAACUUGUCGCGUUUGCCAAAAAUAAAGGAGCUAAAUCUGUCUUUUAACUACAUUGAUAAAAUUGAAAAUUUGGAUAAAUUGGAAAAAUUAAGGAUUCUCUCGCUCUAUGGAAAUCGUAUUACGAGAAUCGAAAAUAUUGACAAACUGGAACGUUUAGUGAUUCUUAGCGUUGGACGGAACAAUAUCAAUACAUUAGAUGGUCUGGAGCGUUUACGAUUUUUGAAGGAACUACGAUCUUUAAAUCUGGCGGAAAACCCCAUUGCACAGGAUACAGAAAAGCCAUUGCGUUUAUAUUUAGCAACAUUGUUGCCUCACUUGAAAUAUUACGAAUAUGUGUUGAUUAGACCCAAUGAACGUGAUGCAGGAAAGGACAAAUUUCAGAGGGAGCUAAUAGAUGUUUUAGAACACGAGCGUGUGGAAAUCAUUGAGCGUAUGCAAGCGGCAAAGGAGCGGGAUGAUGAAAUUAGGCUUUCGAAAAGUUUUGUGGAACAUUUAAAUGCUCACCAGUUAUUCGAUUCGCUGUAUGAAGGGGAUCCAGAAGGUGUCGCUUUGUUAAGUAUCGGACCUGAAGCGGAAGAUCUGAAAAAUGACUAUCGCAAUGAGGCAUAUUCUUUUACGCAAAAUAUCUACAAGAUGGGCUUAGAGCAGCAUGAUAAGCGUCAAGUAGAAAUUGAAUUAUACAAUCGUUGCAUUCGAGACGAGCGGAAACAAGCACAGUUAAUGGGUCAAAAAAUCAUCAACAAUUUUCUGGAAUCCUACAAACAAUUGUACACACAAGCGAAAGAUAUCGUUGCCGGGCUAAAAGGUAGAGAUCUAAAUAGCAAAACUUACAAUGCGGAAACCGAAGCACUCUUGGAUGAGCUUAACUUGUGUAAAAGUGGUUUUAAUUCACUGUUUGACGACACUUGGCAUACGUUGAUGGGAAUUGAAAUGCAAUUAUUUGAAAGAACGGAGGAAGGUAACUCCACGUUUGAGAACACCAUUAAGGAAAUGACCAACGAGUUUAUCGAGAUGGCACAGGGACAAUUCGUUUUAUUGCGUGAAGCAGAAAUGAACUUCAGUGAUGCCCUCGUGGAUACGGUUCAGCAAUUCGUGACAAUCAAGGCCGCUUCAGGGCAAGCUGACAAAUUACCAGAAGCACUGAAGGAGUCUUUGGACGAUAAGGAUGUCAUCACAAAUAUGGCUGCCGGAAUGCGUGAUCAACAUAUGCAGCAGAUUGAUGCACGAGAAGAUAAACUGAUUAGUCGAAGCCGUAACUGGGUUAAGGAACUCUGCGAUGACUUGCAAAAUUCAGAAAUUAAGCGUAACAGAGCGAAAGUGUUGGAAAUAACAUACUUUUUGGAUCAGCACCGGCAAUCCUUUAUGUCGGCAUUAGAUGAAGUGGCGAGUAAACUGGAAGUAUAA